UCUGUCUUAUUGGCUGUGACUAGCAUAUAAAAUGCAAGGGUGGAGAUUCUAAUAUGCAGAAAUAGUUGGGACAUGCUGACUUGAUAAGAUAGUGUUAUACCUGUACCUUCGUCAUGGAUUAGGGAGCUUUAGCAGACAGCAUCUGUAGUAGUGACCAGGGCAAUAUUUUGAAGUGUUGAAUAAUCCAGAUGGGAGUGUUUAUUCCAAUUUACAGGAGUGUCCAAGAAUGAGUCUUAUGAAGCGGUAUGUGCUGCGGUUGUUCAUAUCAUUGAAGUACAUCACAGCAAACGUCGUUGACAGAAAUAAUGGCCGGAUUGUUGUAACAGCAUCUACAAUUGAACAUUCAGUUAAGGGCUCGCUCGAGUGUGGCCGCUCUUGCAACGCAAAGGCGGCAGCAGUUGUUGGAGAGGUGCUCGCUAUGCGACUUAAGGUGGAAGGUCUUGACCAGGGACAGGGACGAGGGAUUCAUGUCAAUGUUAAUAAUGAAGUUGAGAAGAAGGGUUUUAAGAACCGUACCAAGGUAUGGGCUAUUGUCAAUGCUCUUAAAAACAAUGGAGUUAAACUCAUUCUUGAUGAUAAUGAUGAAAAUAGUUCUCAGCCAAGUUAAUUAUAAGGAAUCUCUUGUUUACCUUGUUUAUGUUUUUAGUGUUGAAUCAUUAUAUGUGGUUUGUUAGUAGAUAGCUUUAUGCUGGUUAUGAAAUCCAGGAAUUGAUCAGUAUAUACCAGUUGAAACUUGUUUCUUUCACAGCUGUAUCAAUUGAUCUUGAAAGAUUUUCCUUUCAAAUCA